AUGUGCUUUCGUUCUCGAAUUUUGCGGCUGUUCACUUUUACGGUGCUAGUCUCAUAUUUAUCGUUAUCCUCCUUGGCUUCAGACCCGGGUCGAACGCCGCAACUAUCUUCUUCCAAGCUUCUGCCGAGAGGCAACGAUGACUCGGCGGUUACGGAUCAGCUCAAAACCUACCGCAAAGCCACCAAGCACAAGAUGAAAAACAUCCAUCGAAAAAAUACUCAAUUUCACAAGAAGGCAAAAGGCAAGAAGGCAUGCAAGACCCAGCAUGCCAAAAAAUCCAAAGCUCACAAAACGAAAUCGAAGGACAACUUCAAUCAAGAGAAAGAGAAAUACCUGCUUCCAACUCAGCCCCCAGCCCUCGGCUCAAUCUUACACGCUACUUCAGUUUGCGGAAGCGCCCAGCCAACUCGGUCGAUCACGGAGAGUUCAGGCCCCAACGGAAGUGAAUCGUUCCUGAACUGUGGCAUUACUGGAGACGGUUGGAAACCAGCUCAUGUCACCAUCUCAAUGUUAACGCACAUAUCGCUCGAUCAAGAGCCCGCCAAAAGCACGUUCGCACCAUGCCAAAAGUUUCGCCCCUUGUUUGAAAAACAUGGUCAAGACCACGGAAUACCAGCAAUCUUCUUAGCAGCAUUUGCAAUGCAGGAGUCAAGUUGUAGGCCCGACGUCCUUGGUGAUCAAGGUGGAGCCUUCGGACUAAUGCAAAUAACCAAAGACAAAUGUGGUGGUGCGCCCGGUGGAAACUGUUCUGAUCCCAACUACAACAUUAAAAUGGGCGCCAAAACAUUCGCUGAUGGACUUGCCGAGGCCAAUGGAAACGUCUUACAAGCUUUAGGCGCCUACAAUGGGUGGUUUGAAGGCCUUACCAAGGAUAAAGCGAUGGAGGCUAGAAAGCAAGGAUGCUGUGUCUGUCAACAAAACUUGGAUUACUUGCAACAGUUUCUCAACGCCUGGAUUCUGGGCGUUGAUCCCCAUAGCCGCCGGCUCGGUACUUUCCGAAACUUAGACGUGUGCGAAUCGGAGCAUUGA